AUGUCUGAAACACGAAAACUAACGGAAUCAUCUGAUCGAUAUGAAAGUGAACAGAUUAAAGACAAACUAGUACCAACAACAUCAGCAGAACAUCCUGAUUCGGACACGAGUAAAAAAAACCGUACAAAAUUCGAGGAUUUACCCAAUGAAUUCUGCUAUGAUGUUUUUAAUUACUUCCACGCCCAUGAACUAUUCUACACCUUCUAUGGUAUCAACAGUCGAUAUGACCGAUUAGUCACCACAGCACGAUUGAAAAUUGAUUUACAUGAGCUGUCCAAAUCAUCAUUUAUUCGUUGUUGCGAAUGGCUUGAUGCAAAUGUUGCACCACAACAAGUUGUAUCUAUUACACUUUCAAAUGAACAUGCAGUCGGAUUAAUUCGUCUAUUUGAUUCGAUUUAUGAUUUUGCUGAUAUGUUCCCAAAUAUCGAAUCAGUUGAAUUAAUGGUGGAACGAGCAAGUAGUAUUAAAGCAAUGGUUGAAGUGUUAUUUAGCAAGAAGAAACUUAAACGUCUCAGAAAACAUAUUUCAUUUCAAAUAAUUUGUGAUGGAUUUACUGAAUUAUUACCAAUAAAUAUAAACGGACGAAAUGAAACUGAACGUGAACAAUGGCCAUGUAAUAAUAUUUAUACUCAUUGUAAUGGUUUAUGGAAUUGUCUUAAUGAUGAAGAUGAACUUGAUUGUGAUCUAUCAUCACCAUCAUCAUCAUCAUCAAAUUGUUCUUCAGAUCAACACCAAUGUGCUUCACCUGAUAUAAAUCAAUUUAUUUAA